GAUUACCGUAAAUUCUUUCGCUGAAAUCGUUCAACCGAUACAUUAAUCAAUGUUUCACUGCCAUUGUUGCAGUGUGCGCCAUUUUUCAUUUGCUAAAACACUUCGUCUCACACUACUACAAUGUGGAUGUGUAGUUUCUUUACCGCUCCUGUAGCGGCGUUUAUGAUUGCGCAUGUUAUGGCUCAGGACGAAGGAACACCAGUUCGGAUGGUUACCGUCGAUUUACCGCACUUGCUCAACCGGACUUCGGAUACUGACCCAACCGGAUACAUUCCAGAUCUGUGGGAUGCAUUGGACAACACUAAACUAAUCACGCUAAAAUACCCGAUUAGGGUUGCUUCCAAUUUUGGCCAGGCUGUUCGCGACAUACUUAACGGAAAUUCUGAUGUCUUCCUUGCCUUUGUUGAGCCUACCGCGGAACUGAACAAAUCCAUGACCUUUACUAUACCGGUUAUGAAUACCAGCAAUGUGCUCGUGUACCAUAAGGAUCUCAAUUCCACAGACACAUUACUGUACUUAAACGGAACAGAUGCGAAAGAUAUUAUGGAGCGUCACACUAACGUGUUCACUCCGACAAUGAGACAGCUGAGCCAAGCCGUACCUUCUGUCCCAGCUGGACUGGAAGCCGUUAAUAACAAAAAGGCUUUUUUUCUUGGACGGUAUCCGUUCUUCAACAAAGUCAUGAAAAAGUAUCCGAAUCUACGCAUCACUAAAAAACUGGAAACGGUUAUUACCCAUUUUGGCGUAGCAAAAAACAAGCCAGAAAUCCUGGAAAGUUUGAACGCAGCCCUUUAUAUGCUGAAAAGAGCCGGGACCUUAGAAAACUUGAGGAUACUUCAUUUCGAGGGAGUGGAAAGGGCACUGAACAAACUUAACACUAAACCUAAGGCCUGACUGACUGUUUACAGCACAAAUUUACAUUUCUAAUGGCUAAUAGCUAAUGCCAGAUGAAGAAAACAUAAUCGCUCACAAUAAACCGAAGUUUAGAG